AUGCAGCCGGACGCCUACCUCCGCCGGCUCGGGCUCUUUGCGGCUGGCCGGCCCGCAGACGCGGCUCUGCUUCUCUCCCGCGACGAGCAUGACGAGCUCCUCGGUCUGGCGGCCCGCGUCCUUCUACCGGCGGGAUCACACCUCCUGCGCCAAAGGCUCGUUGACGCCGCCCUGAACUGGUUUGAGGAGCUUAGCAGCACCUACGGCUUUGUGACAACAGACUUUCGGCAGCUACCGAAUCAGUCCAAGGACACGGUGCACAUCGAGGCCCGGGCCCGGUACGCCCUAGUCAGUCUCUUCUGCUGCAUGAUCCACGAUGAAACGCCAGCCCAUCGACUCCCAUCUAGGGCUCCUGAGGCCAAUUCAGACAGCUUUUCCAAGCUCUGUGAGUUUCUGCGCACAUCUCUUGAUGAAGAGGAGCAGAUCUAUUGGGACAAUAUGGUUCUGUUUCUUUGUGACACACUUGCCUGGGUCUGCAAUGUGAACAUCAAUGACGAUGAUGCUGAUCUGGCUUGGGUCUAUUCUCCUGACUUCUACUCAGAUAUCAUAGUUACAGACAACAUACUUGAUCCCGCCUUCACAAAUUCCGUUGAGUCCUCUAGCAUCCCCUAUUUGCGCUUUGAACAAUAUCCCAGGUUGUACAAUACAGUGACGUACAUAUCGCGCUCCGUCCGGGGCCUGUACUAUCACUCGCUGGCUGUUCUCUCCUCACUGCGACGAGUUGAGCACCUUAUGCAGAUAUCCAACAUUUCUUGCCGCCUUCUUCAGACACUAUCAUCCGUUAUUGUCGACGAGUAUCUUUCAGACAGUUCCAACGCCGUCGCAUUCACUAUGCAUACGCCUACUCAAAGCAGUCACAGUAUGUUCAGAUCACGCAAGCUCUUUAAGCAGCAUGAGACACUUAUCAUGAAGCUUUUGGGGUUUGCGACUGCUCUGGGGAAUGCCUAUGCUCAGGCCCUGGCAAGCUAUUACUUCAUUCAUGCUGAGCUGUAUAUGAUGGAUGCCACUGAAGAAGAUAUGAGCUUGUUGGAGGAGCUCAUUAGCAACCUCUCCGAGGAGAUAGCCGUCACCAUAGUACGGUUUACUCGCGCAUUUCUUGUUGAAGACGAACUCCAGCACAGCUCUGAGACAAUCAUAACAUGGCUUCUAGAUACAGAUUUCCAUUCUCCGGAUGGAAGACAACGGUCCCAUACACUCACGCGGGAAUACGACCUCUUUCGAUACGACGCUUUCUUUUACAUAAUGCUUGGGUUUAUUUCACCCAUUCGAUCUGUUUGCAAUUACUUUACAAGGGAGUUCGACCUCCAUGUGUAUUCGUUCCGCAAUUUUAUGGAAACCAACGUUCCUCUUUCGUGUGUUUCAGAAUUUCUUCUGUCGCGAUUUUCAAUAAAACGGCCGGCCUUAGGGCUCACUGCCAUGUCACAGAUGAUCUUCUAUGAUAUCUUCUUAGAUGCAUAUGAACUUAGGAGUGAUGAAGAGCUAGAUAUUCUCUUGACAGAAUUUAAGCCAUCCCUCCGAGACUCGUUAGAAAACUUAACCAAUGAACCUCUUUCGCUGAGAAUUCUUCGCUUUGUCUUGACAUCUCCGUACUUCAAUGACGCCUACAGCAAUUCCUCAGAAGUAACUGCAACUAGACUAUGCGCAUGCACGAGCUAUAUAACCCCUAAAUAUCUCGCAAGCUCCCUAUCUGGUCCUUCUAGUAUUCUUUUAAUCGGUGAGUUUUUGGCCCAAACACUGGGCACAUAUAGCACCAGCCUCUAUUUGGCCCGCUUCAUACAGGCGGCUAAAGCAUUGGACGACAAGAUUGAUAAGCCAAUAAAUGUUAUGAAGGCAUGGAUAAGCAUUUUUCGAGGAUUGAAGCUGGCACAGGAGUAUAUUAUUAACACACAUCCUUUGGCGCUAUUCGAGUUGACAGAUAUGGAUCCUUCCCAACCAUUUUGUAUACACGAAUCCUUAGUUCUCUAUAAUUCCAUUCUACCAUCUUUUGUACUAGUGAGAGUUCCAGACACUAGUCUGUCCCAUCAAAUGAAUGAUGUUCUUGCGCAGCUGUUCGGAGAACUACUCUAUUCUUUGGGAUUAGCUUCCCAACUACAUAGCAUACCCAAUACUUUGUUGCAAAAAGCCAAACCGACUCACACACUGGUACCAGCUAACACACUUAUCCAGGAGAUGUAUAUUCUCAUAUCAACCGCACACGAUGAUAAGGAUAACAUAUGGGCCUGUUCUGCCAUGAUUGACGGGCUUUUGUAUACUCUAGAAGCGUUCACCCCACUCAGCAACAAGUACUCAUAUAUUGACCAUUGUCUGCUUCUAGAUAUGACGCUAAAAUAUGGUUCGUCCAAGCAAAUAACUAGCAUGCUCAAUCGAUUCUCUGCGCUAACUGCUGGGCCAGUCGUAAUAGCAGACCUUAUUGCAGGCAUAAUGUCAGGGAGUCGGAGGUCCAGUAGUUUAAUCUCUAAUCAUAUACUUUCAUUUCAAUAUUCUCUUAUAAACUUGACCAGUAUUACCAAUGUAAUCGAUACGGAAGUGUGGACGCAGCUGCUUCGAGAUAAACAGAGCCUUCUCCAGGUUACAUGCGCCGAAGAAUUGCCCCCUGACCUUGCAGAUAUUUUAUAUGAAAUACUAAUCGAUGAAAUACUUUGUGAUGACAGUUGUAUAAAGAUACUCUUUGAUCACAGACAAUCACCACAACGACUAAUGCGGCUUCCUAUUUUUCGGCACUUCCCCCUAGAGAUCGUCGCUGCUUUUCUCUCUGAUCUCUUGCACUUGGUAGCCAGCGAUUUCUCUUACUCUUUGGAUACCAAGAAUUCCACUGGAUGCAUUAUUGAUACAGAAAAUCCGUUCCAGCUUCAGCGCAGCAAUCCUCCUGUGCCACUAAGAUCUCUGCUACUUACUUUCAUCAAGUCUAUGGAAGGUAAUAGUGCACCAGUUGAUUUGCAAAUAUUGUAUUCUCUAGACUCAUUUCAGACUCAAUGCCAAGAGAAGAAGACGAUUGCCUUUGGGGGUACAGUAUUACAUUUGCAAUAUCUUCUACAUGGAGUUUUAGCACUCGCUGAAAUAUGCGCUUACCUAAACAACGUUACCUCAUCAUUACCCGGGUUUACCGAUAUUUCUCGCUACAUAUCAUUAUUUGAAAAAUCAACUGCAUUAGGAUAUUCUGGAGUGUAUUCAUUCACAGACUCUCACGAGGUCAGUCGAUUACCUAAACCUGACAGCACGGAGAACAAUACUCUUCCCGGCUUCACCAGAUCGAUUGAUAGAUGGACACAAAAUACUAUUGACAUUCUGGCACACAAUCCUAUACUUGUUACCAGACUUAUCAGUAUUCGGUCCGCCAUAAUGUUGGUCGGACGAGAGCUGGCAAGGCAGGGCAGUGCCUUGCUGAUAAAGCUGGAAGUGCUGUUAAACAUAGGCGCAUCCGGAGACUUUCUCUACAAACAUACUACUCAUCUAUUUGAAACCCACGCAGAAAACAACCAAAAGGAGCUUAGCGGUGCUGAGAAUGACGCCAUUAGUAUGACUGCAAUGAGAUUGCUUGCCUGCUUUACACGAAUAGUCAGAACAGACUUCUACGAAUUCAAUAAAAAGGAAAAGCUUCAUCUUCUUCAAUAUGCUAGAACGCGUAAUGAGUUCUUGCCCCACUAUCAGCAGGCAACGGUACUGUCAGAUACAAUGUUAGAAGACGACGAGCAUUACUUGUGGACAAAAAACGCACUAGAGAACGUAAUAAGCACCGGGAUGACGACGAUUUUCAGCAUACCUCUUGCAGAUCAGGCGUGCUACUACUUUCUACUUGCUUUUAUAAGCGGCAGGCCCCGAGACAAUGCCAGCGAAUUCAUGUUUUCUUCAUCAGUUGACCUGUGCAUGGUUGUCCUAGCGUUAUAUAGCUCAUUCCUGGUAUGCUUAUACUAUCCAGAGAAAAAGGAUGACACAGCAGCUCCCAAACGAUCAGUGUUUCUUCGCACGGUCUAUCUCCUGGGAAAUUUUCUUUACCUCAAUUUCAAUCCUGUUCUUCGAAAAGCCAGCAAAGUUUUCCCAAACAUUCCGACUGAAAAUAGAUCACCGUAUCAGAAAUCUCUUCAUCUCAACAAUGCAACGAGGUCUGAAGAAAUGGCUUCCACAACUAAUUGGGAAGAAACGGUUGCAGCCAUGACCCUCACUAUCCUGCUGCACAUCCUCAAGAGAUCACUAAGUGGUACAGAUAAUCACACCAUCAACAUAUUAGAAUGGACUGUCCUAAUCUCGUCAGAAACAGUCGAGUUCUUUACCCUGCUACUCUCUGCUCUUUCUGCCCUUUUUAAGUAUUUUAACCAGUGCCUUCAAUCCUCAGGUAUGCUCUUAUCUUCUAAUCGAUUUUCCUGCGACUCAGCUUUCGUUAGGGUGAUCUCAAUACAGUCACAGUUAAGAUUGACCCUACAUGCAACGAUAGGGGAUAUGUUAUCGACUCUUACUUUACCGUUGUCAGGACAUGUUAUAGGCUUGAAGGUGCCACAAUACUCUUUAUUUAUAAAUAUUUUGGAGGCCGAGAAAAGUGAAGCGCGUAGAGAGGCUAUCGAUCUUGAUGAGGCUACACAUAAUAAGGCCAUCAACUCCGUAGAUGGUAGCCUAACCAAGGAUCUUUUUAAAGAGCUCCAUGGAAAGCAUUUUUCCUUAAAAGAAAAAGUAGCAUAUGCCAGAGAAAAUAUAUCUAGCUUAGCAAUGCUCUCAUAUCGAUAUGCUAGGGAGCGAGCGCCGGCAAAGUCUCCGAAGAAGUUUCGGUUAAUGUCUAUGAAGGCUCUGCCUCCGCAUCAGGUAGAUGAAAAACGUGUCUUAACGCUGUCCUUUUUCAGUGCCAAUGAUCUGCUGACUUUGCAUGCCAUCCAUCCUUUCAACUCAAAGCUUUUGGUAGAUCUUAUUAAAACACCUAUAUUUGCGUUUCCAUUCUCUGACACGGCUUUCUGGGGGUCUAUUCUUUGCACUAAGAAUUGUGGACACGCACUCCUGAAACUCUUUAUCAGAGCAUCUCUUGAUGGGAGUCAAUCUCUAAUUCAGCUGCCACUACCCCUACUAUAUAUGUCGAGAUUGUCUCCGUAUCUAGAGGUAUCCAUAUUGGCAGAGAAACUCCUGACCAGGCGUUUUGGUUCCAAUGGCUGGCAAUCUUUAAAUGCCUACUUAAUGAAUUCUUACCUAGCAGAAGCAGAUAUCCUUCUUUUGUCACUGCCGACAGUUGAAGAACAUAGCAUAUAUGAAAGUGGCAACUAUGACUUAGACUUUUUAAUGUGGAUUCGUGACAGCUUUCUUCGUGCAACAAGCGCUUUGUUUUGUACACUAAACCUUCAGGAAGAUCAUAAGAAGGCGUCUGGAAUCUCCUUCUCAAUUUGUCAAAGUUUGUUAAAGUACAUAAAACCAGAUAAAUGGAGGGAGUAUGCACUAAAUUGGAUUGAAACAUCAGGGCUGAACACAGGGUUUUACAAUUGUAACGUGGUAGAUUUAGGUUCUUCUAAAGGACAAACUAUGCAUUGUGUGUUUGAGUGUAUGGCGCUUGAUGCUAUAAAGUCACUAUCCCAAGCCCCCGCCAACAUUUCAACACUGUUAAGUAGAGAACUACAAAGGCGAUUUUCAAAGGACGCGCGUACAUCACUUUGCUACCUAGUGCUUCUAUUCAAUCCAACGGAAUACAUGAGGUAUAUUAUUGACCAGUGGACGAAGGAGCCAGAGUGGUGCGGAUCUCUCCUGGUUUAUUUGGGAUCUCCAAUACAUGAUCUUCAACGAUCAUUACCUAUAGAAGUAAUGUUUAUAAAGCUCUUUGAUUUUGAAAACAUAUUCAAGCCUUGGCUAAACUGCCCCUCCGCGGGGCAUCUUCUUGAAUUCUUCAAUCAAACCACAGAAACUACUGUCUCACCAGAGGUAAAAAGCAGUCUUGAUAAUGUCGACAAAAUAGAUCCUAAAUAUAUUCCUAAAGACCUCAUCUCUCGAAUAUACGAAUAUCAGAAAAACAAGUGCCUCUUCGGUCUCGUCACCAUAGUAACAAUUGUGCUAUCUUUGUUUCUUUCCGACAAGAAUACAGAAAGCGAACUAAGCGGAUUCCAAUCCGCUGCUCUCAGUCUCUUCGCCGCUGCGUCCGACUUCUUUUAUCUUGACGAGCUAGGAGCAAGCGAUCCUAUAGAAAGUUAUUCGUCCUUAUCUGGUUAUCUAUGCUAUGCAUCCCUAGAUAUUGUUGUACUAGCUAAUAAGAUAGCAACUGCUGCAAGCUACAAUUCAUUUUUGAAACUUCCCAACUUGCACAACCAAUUGUUAUACUAUAAUUUUUCUCCAGUUCAUAGUAUCUCCCAUCAAAGGGAGUCCAGCUUGCUGCAGUUUUUAACCGCGCAGACAGGGAUUGUGACAAUGCAGAAGAGAUUAAAGCGAGGAGUGACAUCAAUUAGUUCGAAGUCCAUCUUCAUUGACGCAUUUGUUUCAUUCCUGGAGAAAAUUCAGCAUAUGUUCAACGCCUCUGACGCGAUAUCAGUUUCUGGCAUUGCUCCGAUGAUGAUAACAUUUUAUCAUGAUAUGCUACUUAAUAAAGGAUUCUCGUCUGUUCCUGCCCUAACAGUGGAGAAAGUUAUUCAAGGUACUGUAGAGGCGUGUAUGUCCAGCUCCGUCAGCAAAAGUGACAUCCCGGUCACGUCAAUCAAAGCGCUCAUAGACAUCCUAGCAAUUAAGGCAUGCAAUUAUACUUUAUCAGGAGGUAGUCAGCAUGAAUUCCAGGCUGUCUCACAGACCCUCACGACCAUAUUCAGUAAGUGGGACCUUAUGUUAUUGUCGCCAAAAAGCUUAAAGAUGCUAAUUACCGAUCUUUAUAUGAUUCCAUGCUCAUACCCUAUUCCCGAUCUAUCACACCAGAUUGGCUUACUCGUUUUCCAAAUUUUACGGCUACUUAGGAGGAUGGACACAGAUACUUUUCCAUUACAAGCAGCACUUGCGGGCGCUGCUCUAUUAUGUGACGGAGAUGAUGUUGCAGCCAUCGAUAUAUUACAGUCACACGGGUUUUCAAGCCUUCAAGGAAAGGAGAACGUAAAAGAGUGCAUUACUGAAUACAUAGUAUCGUCACCUAUUGAACAAGCGAUUCUAAGAUUAUUGAGUGACACCACUUGA